CGGCGUGGCUUCCCUGGCUGGCACCUGGACUUAGGCUAUUUCCGUUCACAUUGUAAACCAGAAUAGUGGAACCGAGCGGGCAGGACUUCCAAAUUAUUUUUACUUCCGCGCCAGGACUUAGCCCUGAGGUCUUAAUCUCAGGAUCUGGGACAGGAAAAGCUGUCGGGUGCACUCCCCCGCCCCCCAGCCUGUGGCAAGUGGGUCCUGUGGGCGGUUCCGCCAGCCCCUCUCGCAGUGAUGGCGAGUGACCACCCGCGUUAGCGGAGCCCGGGGACCUGGGAGGGUCGAUUGCUGAAACAACGACGACGCCCGAUCGCCGCCGCCGCCUCUUUCUGAAACUAAGAGAAAAUGGUGGGAAGUCAAAAGAAAACUAAAUAAGCACACAGGCAACUUGUACUAGGACCUCAGCUAAACCAAUGAAGCUUCCUUGUGCGUGCUGAGCCUGCAGUUCCCAGCCUUCCGGGGAAGAUGGGCGGACAGGGCAACAAAGGGCUCAGCAGGCAUGCCUGGCAGUGAGUGCGACGGCAGCGACCCGGGCGCCAGGCCAGAGGACUGAAACCACCCACCGGCACGCGGCUGCGCGCCGCGCGGAGAACCGCGCACCUUACCCAUCGACCACGUGACCAGCCCUUUUUGUUAAAAAAAAAAAAAUCUCUUUGCCCUUAAAAAAAAAAGACAGCGCGAAAGAGAGCGAGAGACUACAUUUCCCAGAAGCCUCUCGCUCCCCACGCUGCCGCAGUCUUGCGCAGGCGCCGCCAAGGCCAAACGGACACGUCCGUCACGUGGAUAUUAAUCAGCCAACCCGGUUUGAAUCUCAUUUUUUUCCUCUCGCCCCCCCCUUCAGGAGCGGUUGUGCGAUCAGAUCGAUCUAAGAUGGCGACUGUGGAACCGAGAGUGGAAGGGAAGGGAGAGAUGGAGAGAGAGAGAGACACAUUGAUUGGUUGCCUUCCAAAUGCACCCCGACCUGCACCGGGGAUUGAGCCUACAACUGAGGAAACCACCCCUACUCCUAAUCCCCCGCCUACAGAAGAAGAGAAAACAGAAUCUAACCAGGAGGUUGCUAACCCAGAACACUAUAUUAAACAUCCUUUACAGAACAGAUGGGCACUCUGGUUUUUUAAAAAUGAUAAAAGCAAAACUUGGCAAGCAAACCUUCGGCUGAUCUCUGAGUUUGAUACUGUUGAAGACUUUUGGGCUCUGUACAACCAUAUCCAGUUAUCUAGUAAUUUAAUGCCUGGCUGUGACUACUCACUCUUCAAGGAUGGUAUUAAACCUAUGUGGGAAGAUGAGAAAAACAAACGAGGAGGACGAUGGCUAAUUACGUUGAACAAACAGCAGAGGCGAAGUGACCUCGAUCGCUUUUGGCUAGAGACACUGCUGUGCCUUAUUGGAGAAUCUUUUGAUGACUACAGUGAUGAUGUAUGUGGAGCCGUUGUUAAUGUUAGAGCUAAGGGUGAUAAGAUAGCAAUAUGGACUACUGAAUGUGAAAACAGAGAUGCUGUUACACAUAUAGGGAGGGUAUACAAGGAAAGGUUAGGACUUCCUCCAAAGAUAGUGAUUGGUUAUCAGUCCCAUGCAGACACAGCUACUAAGAGCGGCUCCACCACUAAAAAUAGGUUUGUUGUUUAAGAAGACACCUUCUGAGUAUUCUCAUAGGAGACUGCGUCAAGCAAUCGAGAUUUGGGAGCUGAACCAAAGCCUCUUCAAAAGCAGAGUGGACUGCAUUUAAAUUUGAUUUCCAUCUAAAUGUUGCAAAGAUAUAAGAGAAGUCUCAUUCACCUUUGUCUUGUACUUCUGUGUUCAUCUUUUUUUUUUUUUUUUUUUUGGCUAGAAUGUCCACUUUACCCAAUCAAAGAAUUACAGUACACAUCAUCCCCAGAAUCCAUUAAUGUGUUUCUGGCCCACUCUGUAAUAGCUUAGAAGAAUUAUUAUUACAAACAUAUUACCCAUCCACAAUGUUAAAAAAGAACUUGCAUUUCUACACCUUACAGGAAAAGAAUUCUGUUUAUGUUCCAUUGUAUGCAGGAGCAUAUUUUGCUGGUUUGAAAGAGUAUGAUGCAUACAGUUUUCUAGCAAUUUUCUUUGUUUCUUUUUACAGCAUUGUCUUUGCUGUACUCUUGCUGGUGGCUGCUAGAUUUUAAUUUAUUUGUUUCCCUACUUGAUGACAUUAGUGAUUCUGAUUUCACUUUUUCAUUUGUUUUGCUUUUGUUUUUCCCCCUCAUGUAAUAUUGGUGAAGGAUCCAGGAAUAUGACACAAAGGUGGAAUAAACAUUAAUUUUGGGCA